UGAGUGACAGCGGGUUGGUGCAAUCGAAUGGCGCGCUGGUUCGAAAGCAGCCUUCUGAAAUCGAACGCGUCGGAGCCAAUGAGGGGCGGCGGCGAGCUCUUGGGUUUUAACUAGCCGGGAGGGUCAGCUGAGCAGGUCCUGGAACUCGUGGCUGGGAGCGCUGCGGCCUCGAUCCGAGGCCAGGUUCGGCACGCGCCGGGCUAAGACAGUUUUGCAAGAUUCUCUGUGAAGAAGGAAACAUGAUCACCUUCAUGAAUAACUCGGACAGUGAAGAGGAACCCUGCAAUGAGAGAACAUCCCUGAUGUCGGCCGAGAGCCCCCUUCUCCCUGCGUACCAUGAUGGUGUGCAAGCAGCUGAAACUGCAGACACUCACACACACCGGAAAAGGCGCACUGGCAGCAGCAGCAGCUCGAACAAAAUUGCUGAUGGAAAUGUGUCUGACUCAGAAAGAGCAGUGACAGGUUCCAUUACUCUGGAUAAUGAGGAAGAAGAGCUGACCUUAAAAUAUGGAGCAAAACAUGUGAUCAUGCUGUUUGUGCCUGUGACGCUGUGCAUGAUUGUGGUUGUUGCAACGAUAAAAUCAGUGCGUUUUUACACAGAGAAGAACGGCCAGUUAAUUUACACCCCGUUUAGUGAAGAUACACCGUAUGUGGGCCAGCGUCUCUUGAGCUCUGUGCUGAACACCAUCAUCAUGAUCAGUGUCAUAGUAGUAAUGACAAUCUUCUUGGUUUUGUUAUACAAAUACCGUUGCUACAAGUUCAUUCAUGGCUGGCUGAUUCUUUCGUCUCUGAUGCUGCUGUUCCUUUUCACUUACAUCUAUCUUGGUGAAGUGCUAAAGACCUACAACGUGGCCAUGGAUUAUCCUACCCUUUUCUUUGUCAUUUGGAACUUUGGCGCUGUCGGAAUGAUUUGCAUCCACUGGAAGGGGCCAUUGCAGCUCCAGCAAGCCUAUCUCAUCAUGAUCAGUGCCUUGAUGGCUUUAGUUUUCAUAAAAUACCUGCCUGAGUGGUCAGCUUGGGUCAUUCUGGGAGCCAUAUCAAUUUAUGACUUAAUUGCUGUUUUAUGCCCAAAAGGACCUCUCAGAAUGUUGGUGGAAACAGCUCAAGAGAGAAAUGAACCAAUAUUUCCUGCCCUUAUUUAUUCCUCUGCUAUGAUGUGGACUGUAGGAAUGGCAAAACCAGCCAAUACACAAAGAAGAUCUUCUCAAGAAACAUGGGAUCCAGCUGAAGGAGCUGCAAACCAUGAUAGGACUUCACACAAUGAGCCUCAAGCUUCUGAGUCAGGAGCAUUACCAGCAAGUUUCAUUGCCCACCGACUUCGACAAGCGCCCCCCAGCUUAGAUGAUUUGGAGGUGGAAGAAAGAGGUGUCAAGCUGGGGCUUGGAGACUUCAUAUUCUACAGUGUGCUUGUGGGCAAAGCAGCAGCCACUGCUAGUGGGGAUUGGAACACCACUCUGGCUUGUUUUGUCGCCAUUCUCAUAGGCCUGUGCUUAACCCUCUUACUGCUGGCAGUAUUCAAGAAAGCCUUGCCUGCCCUUCCCAUCUCCAUCACUUUUGGCUUGAUCUUCUACUUUUCCACAGAUUACCUUGUGCAACCUUUCAUGGACACCCUGGCAGCUCAUCAGCUCUAUAUUUAAAGUGACGAUGACCCUCCUUGAGAGCUGUAGCAGUGAAACAGGACAAUUUUUGAUGGGAUAAAAUCCAGUGGUUUUUACACUUAGUGCCAUUAUAUUUUUCAGGAAACCCUGUCAAACAAAUAUGUGUGUCUCCCCUGGGAUUAAUAGCUGGUGUAAACAUCUGCCCUGGAGCAGUAACCAUGCAGAUUGGGUCUUAUCUGCAUUGGCUUGGAACUGAGCAUGUGCACCCACCAUGCCCAGGGGGUCUUGCUCCCACGUAGGUGUGCAUAGGACUGCUGCUGCUCAGAUGACCUUGGGAUCCUUGGCAUGCCACUUGUUAACCUCUCUCAGUGUACGGAAAAUAUGCUGGUUAUAUCAGACCAUGGCGGGAUGAAGCAUUCCUUUUUCUUGGGAGCAGUUGAGGAAUGAAGGCGCCAGGAUACACUGUGACUUGGGAUCAUAAGGAAAAAGAAGAACCGUAGAAUACUAAUAAUACCAUGCUCAUUAAGAAAAGUCUGGAAGAGCACUUUUUUAAAAGGGGGGUGUCAAAAGUGAGGAGCAGACUGCAGGAGUCCUUCAACUUUGCCACAAAAGCCACCCUAAGGAGUUAAACAACUCUGUGAGCCUCCUUUAGUCAUAGCUAGUAAAGUACUUGUGUACAUGCCUCCCAUACUCCUGGUCCAGCCCUGCAAGGAACAACAAGCAUUAGAGGAAGCAAAAGGCACUAUAUUGUUUUACAGGACUUUUGCAUUUCCUUUUCUGAACUCCAGGGAAUUAGUGCUAGCUGUGGUUAAAAUCAAUGUGCGUCUUUCUUAGAGCAGAUUCAUUGAAAUGAAUGGGAUUUCAAUCCGUGGUAAACAACGCAUCCCAUUCAGUGAAUCUACUCUGAGUAGGAUUUACAGUAGAUUUUGGGGGAGCGCACCUGGCUGCAGAGGGGAAGGGAACCUUUCCUUCUGUGAACGUACUUAAGCCAGCUUAUGUUAGAAUCUAAGCCAUGCAGUGAUCAUGCAAAAAUUCAGAUUGUCCAAACAACUAAUUUGAGGAGGUGUUUGUGUGCAUGCCACUAUCAAGCAAGGAUCAACUGUAUAAACCAGUUGACUUAAAAUGGAAACACAUUUUCCUUGAUCUGGCACAAUUAAUGUUGCUUUUCCCCCCUUAUGCCACAGACUCCCUUCUGAUUUCAUUUGCAGAACUGACAAUGAGUUGAUGCAUUUAAGUGUCACUUUAGAUUGUAUGAACAAUGCACUUUUGCAGUAGAAUGAAAAAUGCAGAUUUUAUUGUCCCAGAUGAUCUCAGCGCACUCUCACCACUAGAAAUUUUAGUCAUGUAGUUAUAUAGGAAACACAACCACUGAGCCUAUUGCCAGUCCUAGUGUGAAUGUGGGAUUUAAGAAGAGAUGGCAGCCCGAAAAGCUUGACUUCCCUGCUCCAGGAGAGUAUACCAACUUCUUAUUCCUACUUUUUGGAUAAAAGAUGUGCAUGGCUAUUAUUCUACGCAGUUGUUACAAAUCUCAAAUCACAUGGUAAAACUUUAGAAGUUACUGUCUCCUUUGGAUCUUAUUCUUAUAACUUUAAAAAAAACCCUCUCCAUUUAAAAAAAAACACAGAAAAAGUUCUGUUUACUUCAAAGCAAAAGUAAAGUUCUUCAGUUUGAGUUUCUAGGGUGGUGGAGGGAGGGUUGUAUUAUUUCAAGAUGGCGUUUUGUUCAGUUUAGUUACAUGACUUAGAAAUGCUAUGUAAAUAUUUAAUGUAAAAAUGAAAUAUUUUGGAAAUAUAGUUUAUAUGGAUACAUAGGGUGAAGAUUUGAAUCUGGUGUACAGAUUAGUCUAAAGAAGAAACAGUCAAUGCCCAAAAUAGAUUUCAUGGUUUUGCCCAACAUGUAUUUGUAAUUUGGACUUCCUCUUAGGGAUAUCAGUCAUCAGUCUUUUAUUUAUUAAGCAGAUCUGUUUUACUUCCAAAAGUCAUUUUCUAAAAAUAACCUUUCCUGUGUGGUUUGCCUGUUUGUUCAAAAGAAAUGGUCAGGAGGGGAUUGGGUGAAAGAAUAUCUCAGUUGUACCCAGUGUUAGCCUCACAUGAGCCCCAUUAAUGCCAAUGGGUCUCACACUGGAGAAUUUGGCCUAAGGCCCAUAAAAUGCAGCUCCUGUUUGUUUCAGCAAGAUUGCGCAGCAGAAUUUGCUGGUAACUGAGCCCUUUCUUCCUUUUUAGGGAAGCUUGCCCCCUUUGGCCUAAAACAAAGCUAUGGCAUUUAAAACAUUUCAAAUAUUAAAGGUUUUACUUGUUCUAUAUAUUGAAAAACUAUUAACUAAUUAAACUGAUUUGAUAGACUUUGCUUUUUAAAGUGCAAGCCACUUGGAAGUUCAUAUUUUUCCCCUUGAAAGGGAGCUGUUUGUGAGACUGUGCAGUUUUUAUAUCACAGAACUGAUUCUAUUUUCCACACAGCCAGGGAACUGCUCCCCAAUAUUCCUAUGCUGCAUGUAUUAAGAAAGACUAGUGAAUGUUGUCUUCAAAGGUGUUUUCAUGCCCAUGUCAGAAUAUCCAAAAUGGCACUCCACCUGUGCAGUAAUUAACAAGGAUUUGUGCUCUUGUAUGUGGCAAUCAUUUUCUGGGGAUUGCACAGAAUAACAGGCUGGUCCAUUUUACCCCAUGGACUGGUUCUGUUUCCCCAGCUAAAGCCUGAUCCUUUGUAGAAUUAGUCACGGAUCAUUAUGCUCUGCAAUCCUGUACCUGGGCAUAAGCCCCAUUAUGUUUAAUAGGACUUAGAUAUGUAUACUAUGACAUUGUAAGUGGUGGGCUUAGGAAGCCUUCCCCAGCCUGGUAAGUUUGGACUGCAGCAGUUCCCACCAUUCUUCUCCAUUGAGCAUGAUGAUGAGUGUUGAUGUUCAAAACAUCUGAAGGGCAUGAGGCUGGGAAAGUUUGAGCUUGGACAGGCCUAAUUGGAAUCUACCUGCAGCUGAUCAUUUCAGCUUGAUCCAUUAUAGAAACAUCUGAUGGGAUGCAUGUGAUGUAUAUCACUUGUCUUGAAAUGGGACUACAUGUGAGCUUAGAUUGGAGCUCAGUGUGUAUGCUCACAUGUGCAUGAGUGAUGAAUUAUAAGUGAGUUGUCUGGGCUAUUAAAUUGACUAUAUAGUAAAUAUAUUUCAGUGCAACUUUAAACCAGGUUCCAGUGCCACUAAGUGGCAUGUGCAAGGAAAUAGCCUUUCAAAUGUCCACGUGGAGUUGCAGGACCACAUCUGGCAGAAUUCUACCUUCCAGGCCAGAGUUCCCCGAGCAGGUGUCACCCAGAUGUUUUAGAUUCCUGUUCCCUUUAACCCCAGCCAGCAUGGCCUGUGGUCAUGAAUGUUGGGAGUUGUAGUCUGAAAAUCUGGUUGGGGAAGGCUGUACUGGACAAUCCUUAAAAGCACAGGGGCCUCCUAACCCUCAUUUUCUUUUUCAAGACUACACUUCUGUCCAAUGCCUAACAGGCUUUUACCUGGGUAUAGAACUCCUUUUGGAUAAAUCUUUUUUAGAUGUACAGUGCACUUCUACCAGAUGUAUCUGCACGUACAGAACAAAUGUAUUUACUCACUGACAAUCAUGGAGUUUAAAACAAUUACGUGCAAAAGCCAAUAUGGUAUAGCAAUUAGAAUGUAGAACUGGGAAUUGCAAGAUCUGGCUCUAGUCUGCUCUCAGCCAUGAAGCUCACAGGGUGACUUUGGGCUACUCACUCAUUGAGUGGGACUUGACUUCAGUGAGAUUAUCUGAAAUUUCUUUGGCUUUAUUGAAUGAGUAAGACUGUAGUUGUGUCCAUUCAAGUGAUUUCAGCCCUAGGAUAAGACUGUAGUGCAUGAUACAAUCACCCUGCUGAAGGCAAACAAGGUUAGUGGAUGGAGGGGUGACUGUUUUAGAAUCUCACACAUACUACCUUUAUAGAAAAAAGGCAGGACAUUAAUGUAGUUUCAAGUACAUGGGGAGAGGGUGUCGGAUAGGAAAUAACCUUAAAAACUCAAUAUAAUCCUAACAGGACAGUUCCCAUCUUGGAUCUAUGAGUAUGGGUGCAUACAGUUAAUGCAACAGAAAUACCACAUAUGUACAAGAAAUGCUUCUGUGUAAAAGGUCAAAUCCUAUGUAUUUACUGCAAAUGUAAUGUGUACAAUUAAAAUGUGUGGUGGUUAGAGUGUUGUAUGUGCUGAGGCCAUCCCGCUUCUAGUCUUCACUCUGUCAUGAAGACAACUGGGUGACUUUGGACCAGUCACUCACUUUCAGCCUAACCCACCUCACAGGGUUGUUGUGAGGACAAAAUGGAAUGAAGGAGGACUAUGUAAGUCACGUUGGGUUUCUCACAAGAGGAAAAAAGGUAGCAUAUAAGUGCAUUGUAAUAAAAUGAUACUGGUUGCACAACUCAUAAGCAA